CUGUCGUCUCUGGUGCGGUGUUGUGCCAGUGAUGCCAGAUUUGUCUCCUAGUCGUAAUCAAUUGCAAUCAAUUUAUGGCAUCCCUGAUACUGGGUCUUGAGUAUAAGUGAGUUUCGAUGUGAUAAUAAACAUCGAAUUAUAAUGAUGUCGGCGAUACCUGGAGGCACAAUGCCUUCGCAAACUAAGGAUAACCUUAGUUUUUUACAUGCUUUUAUAGCUUCCUUAUCAGUCAUUGUCGUUUCUGAACUAGGCGACAAAACUUUCUUCAUUGCUGCUAUUAUGGCAAUGAAACAUCCUCGAAUGACUGUUUUUGUUGGAGCGAUUAGUGCCUUAGGAUUGAUGACUGUCCUUUCAGUAAUGUUUGGAUAUGCUGCAACUAUAGUCCCUCGUGCUUAUACGUAUUAUAUCUCUACUGCACUUUUUGCUAUAUUUGGUUUAAAAAUGCUAAGGGAUGGUUAUUAUAUGUCUGCAACAGAGGGACAAGAAGAAUUAGAAGAAGUACAGACUGAUUUAAGAAAACGAGAAGAUGAGUAUGAAAAGGAAACAGGAAGCACGCUAGUGCAAGAUGUAGAAACUGGUAUCAUUAGAAAAGCAACAAAAAUCAGUGCAUUGAUGCUUCUCUCUAGGAUAUUUCUUCAAGCAUUUACUCUAACAUUCCUUGCAGAAUGGGGAGAUCGCUCACAACUUACAACAAUUAUACUUGCAGCCAGAGAGGAUGUGUAUGGCGUUAUUGUAGGUGGAGUAUUAGGACAUUCAUUCUGUACAGGAUUAGCAGUAUUAGGUGGUAGAAUGAUAGCUCAGAAGAUUUCAGUACGAACAGUGACCAUAAUUGGUGGAUUAGUGUUCCUAUUAUUUGCUUUAACAGCACUUUUUAUCAGCCCUACAGAAGAUACGCGAUACAAUUGAUAGUAUUCAUAUUCUUAAGUGGAAGACAAUAUUGUACAUAUUAUUCACAUUCGAAAGUAAACUGUACACAAAAACAGUU